UUUCACGUGCCGAUCCGCUCGCCGGGACUUUAGUUUGGUGGGGAAACACGCGCUACUUCCGGUACAAGCGGCGCUGUCCCCCGUUAGCUUGACGCAGCUCUGGGGCCUGCUGUGUUUUCAACGGAGGGAGAGCUGAGAAGAAAAAUGGCGUCUGCGGGCGACCCAGAGCGGGACACCGGCCAUUCAGUUUGAGCUUUCCGCCCUGAAAUUGAGACCGGGGCUUGGCGAAGACUCGUCGGGAACCGUCUCCGGACCCGCUGGGCUCCUGCUCCCCCGCGUUUCUCUGGAGUGCGUGGCUUACCCGAGCUCCGAGAUUGAAGCGGAACAGAAAAGACUCUCUCCCACAAUGAGGGGGAGACGAGGAAGGCCGCCCAAACAAGCAGCCGCGAUGCGGGAAGGAUCGCCCGGGCCAGUCCGCGGCUCCAGGGGCAGCAGGAGUAGAGGGACGCGUGGGCGGGGAAGAGGCAGGGGACGCGGCCGGGGAAGGGGCGCAAGCGGCGGCGUUUGCGGCUCCGGCUCCGCGGAAGUGGAUACAGAAAUCUCCGGUCGAGAGAACUUUCAUUCGACCCGGGGCCGCAGGAAAGUUGGAGCCUCAAUCACCACCGCCGCCGCCGCCAACAGCACCACCACCACCACCGCGGCGGUGGCGGCGGCAUCGCGGGGCAGAGGAGGCAGGUCGAGAGGCAGGGGGUCGAGAGGCAGCCGCGGCGGGAGAGGCGGCGUGAGGCGGCCUCAGACCAAAGUGGUCUACGACGACAACAGCGACGAGGAGGACGAUAAUUUAAGCUACAGGUCAGACGACGACGAACUAAUGAACGACAACCCUUCGUCCGAUCUCGAGGAGGAGGAGGCCCUGGGAAACGAAUCGGACUAUCUGGAGGAACUGGCGGAUGAUGAUGAUGCCAGCUACUGCACGGAGAGUAGUUUUAGGAGUCACAGCACGCUCGGUAGCACCCCAGGUAGGAGAAAGAGCCGGGCGUUGCGACCGCAGUCCCCCAUCUUCGAGGCAAAGGACAUUCCCUCCAUGGAGCUUCCCAAGUCCUCUGAGGACCUUCAGGUUCCUACCUCACAGCUCCUCAACGUGUCGGCCGUCUACGAGGUCCUCCGCAACUUCGGCUCGGUGCUGCGGCUCUCGCCGUUCCGCUUCGAGGACUUCUGUGCGGCGGUGGCCAGCCAGGAGCAGUGCACGCUGUUGGCAGAGACCCACAUCUCCUUGCUCAAAGCUAUUCUCAGAGAGGAGGACACCUCUAACACCACGUUCGGCCCCACAGACGUGAAGGACUCCGUGAACUCCACUUUGUAUUUCGUGGACGGUAUGACCUGGCCGGAGGUGGUGCGGGCGUACUGCGAGAGCGACCCGGAGUACCGUCACAUUCUGCCUCUGCAGGAGUGCGAGGAUUACCCGUUCGAACCGCUCGAAAGCAAAAUCAAAGUUCUCCAGUUUUUGGUGGACCAGUUCCUGGCGACCAACAUCGCCCGCGAGGAGCUAAUGUCGGAAGGCGUGGUCGCCUACGACGACCACUGCAGGGUAUGCCACCGCCUCGGCGACCUGCUGUGCUGUGAGACGUGCUCAGCUGUUUACCAUCUGGAGUGUGUGAAGCCGCCUCUGCAGGAAGUGCCGGAGGACGAGUGGCAGUGUGAGGUGUGUGUGGCCCACAAGGUACCCGGCGUGGCCGACUGCAUCCCGGAAGCGCAGAGGAGCAAACCGUUCAUUCGGCAGCUGCCAGUCGGCUUUGAUCGACACCAGCGCAAAUACUGGUUCCUUAACCGCCGCAUCGUUGUCGAGGAGGAUGGCGAGCAGGAGGACAAAGCCAUCUGGUACUACAGCACCAAGGUCCAGCUGGCCGAGCUCAUCGACUGCUUGGAUAAGGAGUACUGGGAGGGCGACCUGUACGCGGCGCUCGAGGAGAUCAGGGACGAGGUGCAUGCGCACAUGGACAUCACCGAGGACCUGACCAACAAGGCCCGCGGCAGCAACAAGUGUUUCCUCACCGCCGCUAACGAGGAGAUCCUGGAUCGGCUGCGGGCUAAGAAGGAGGAGGAGCUGGAGGAGGUGAAGAGACGGGCUGCCGAGGAGGCGCUGAAAGCGCGGAUGGAGAAGGAGAAGGAAGACGAAGAGGCCAGGAUGAGGGACGGGGGACAACAGGAGGACCAGGGCAAAGAUGUGACAGGAGAUGGGAAGACUCAAGAAGAGGCCACUGAGGAGAAGCAGGAUGGUGGAGUUGUUGAAGCUGCACACACUGGCCACGGUGGCAGUAGUGGCAGUAGCAUCUCAGACGGACCUACACUUACGGCAGGCUCCCCUCCGCUCCCCACCGCCGCGAGCUCCGGCCGGGCCUCGGAGUCCCCGAAGACCUCGGCCGCCGCAGAAGCGGUUCUGAUAGCGGGAUGUUCCCAUGUGAAGGUCUCUAACAACAGCGAAGAAAACCCAUCGUCCGAUUCUGUCGCGGGCAGUGGAGAUGGCACCCAGAGCCUGAGCCGGCCAGCCCAGAGCAGCGAGGAGAACAGUGACGGCAGCGCGGCACCCCGGCCUGCUCCCCAAGGACCUGAACCUCCAGACCUCGCCGACAAAUCCUCCCAGUCAUCCAUGGCCAGCCUCGAUGACACAGGAGAUGGCAAGGACUCCGCUAACGGCGAGGCGGGUCUCGGCUGCAGGAAGUCUGCUGCCACUCGCAUGGUGACCCGGCUCAGGAACCCGGACAGUAAGCUCAGCCAGAUGAAGAACCAACAGGUGGCCAACAAGGGUUUCAAAGAGAUACUAGUAGUAAAUGCACACGGUGACGUCACCCGUGUGACCACACGGGGCAAAGAGAUGAUCAAGGGGACUCUCAGCCAAUACUUCAAACUCGGCCAGGAGGGAAAAUACCGCGUCUAUCAUAACCAGUACAGUUCCAAUACUGUGGCCCUCAACAAACACCAGCACAGAGAGGACCACGACAAGAGGCGGCAUCUCUCCCACAAGUUCUGCAUGACACCCGCAGGAGAGUUUAAGUGGAAUGGGUCUAUCUAUGGCUCCAAGCUGCUGACCAUCUCCACACUGAGAAUCACCAUCAUCCAGCUGGAGAACAACGUUCCUUCGCCAUUCAUGCACCCUAACUGGGCCUCACACAGGACCAAUUGGAUCAAAGCUGUUCAGAUGUGCAGUAAAGCCAGAGAGUUUGCGCUGGCUCUGGCCAUCCUGGAGUGUGCCAUCAAACCUGUGGCCAUGCUGCCUCUCUGGAAGGACUCACUGGGCCACACCAGGUUAAAUCGCAUGACUUCCAUGGAACGUGAAGAGAAGGAGAAAGUGAAGAAGCGGGAGAAGAAGCUGGAGGAUGAGGAGACAAUGCAACAGGCCACCUGGGUCAAGUACACCUUUCCAAUCAAGCAUCAGGUGUGGAAGCAGAAGGGAGAGGAGUAUCGCGUUACAGGCUACGGCGGCUGGAGUUGGAUCAGUAAGACUUACAUGCAGCGGUUUGUCCCCCGGCUGCCCGGCAACACCAACGCUAACUACCGCAAAGAACUGGAAGAUGCCAAACUUGGCAAGAAAUGUACCCUGUUGGAUUUGAGUCGACAUCUCGGUGUGGCUGCAUCAGGAGCUCAGCAAGCUGCCGUCUCAAGCGGCGAGGCAAAAGAUCAAGACCUCUCCAAGUCUGCACCAGAUCCUCCGAUGACUGUUGAAGAGUCUAAAGAGGAGAUGGAAGAGGAAAAGAAACACGGGGUGGAUGAAAAGGAGAAGUCUGAGGAAUUGUCGGCCGACGGAUCGCCUGCAGAGAUGGAGGUGGACCCCACUGACGCGCCAAUAGAGGAAAUGCAAAGGCCGAGUCUUCAGCAAGAAAAGGCCUCCGUGAAGGAGGAGCCCACGGAGAGCCCUACACGACCCUUUAACUACGAUGUAGUGGAUGUCAGCAAAGGCUUCCUCACCCGCGUUGCCUACAAGAAGAAGAAGUCCUCCAAGCUGGACGUCCUGCUGGAGCGACGAGUGAAGCAGCACAUUAUUGAGGAGAGGCAGAGGCAGCAGGUGCCUGCCCCCAAAUGUCAGAUCCCCACACCAGUUUCGUCCUUUUUAAACCCUGCUGCGAGCACUCCUGUCCGGCCGCGGGCCCCACUCAAGCCCGAAACUCUUGCCCAGACACAGCUGGCGCUGGGCAAAGCUGUGAAAGUGGAGGAGAAAUCUUCCACACAAACUCCAUCGGCAGGAAAACUCGGAGGAGGUGAAGUCAAAGGGGAGAGUGAGGCUGAACUCUCUAAAACUACGGAGGAGACUUCCUCUCCGCUUCCUCCUCCUCCUCCGGUUCCAGACUCCACUCACAAAGACAGUUGCAGCACGGGGACACAAAACCAAACUGCCUCCGUACCUCAGGUACUGGAGGCAGACUUGGUGGAAAGGACUAUGGGGCCAAAAGAAACUGAUCAGAGCAAAAGAGACUGUUCAGGGCAAGAGGGCGUCACAUUGCCUGAUGUACAUGAAGCGUCGGAGGGGGGGAUUUAUAGCUCUUUAGAGCAACAAACAGCCAGCGUAUCAUCAAAUGUUACCACGGCUGCACAUGUUGAAAACACAGGGUCUGAGGUACCCGACUUGAAAUCCGCCUCUCUAAGAACAUCAUGUCUGCUUAACCAGAUAAGCAGUCAAAACACAUCUCCUUCUAAAGGUAUCCAGCAAAACCCAGAAAAUGUAAGUUCAUUGCAUCCAUGCACAGAGGAGAAUGGCACGGGGCAACAGGAGAACCGAGAAACUGUACACGGUGCUGGACCGGGUAGACCCGAAGGCAACAGCGCUCCUAAGCCGGUUUCUGCUCUCCCUCAGGUCAACGGUAACGAUGGCUUGGCCAGUGAACGCAUGUUGAGGGAUUCUGUGAUGAGCUCAAAUAACGGUGUACUUAGUCCACCGCCGCUGCUGAACAGCAUCGGUAAAAUCGAAGAACGAGGGCUACUCGUCGAGGACGGUGUGCAGCUGAAGCCAUUAGUGAACGGAGAUUUGGCCCCUCUCAAUGAUUACGCUGAGGCCGGGGACAAGGAACCGAGCCCAGCCGCUAAGGUAGAGAGCAAGACAAUGAUGUCAGACCAGGAUUACAAACCCCCACUGAAGGUGGCGAGGCUGGAGCACAACGUAGAAGCCAUUGAAGCUAAUAGUCAAAGCACUCAGCACAGCAGCGCUGAGACGAAACCCACUCCUGUGCUCAAGAUCAUCAGAAUGUCCCCGUCUCCCAUACCCUCAGCGGAAGACUCCAGUCUGAGCGACGACUUCGCUGAGGAGAACAACAACACCGGGGCGACAGAACCGGCGAAGGCCGUCAUCACCCAGGUAACCACCACCACCUCCACAACCACCACAACCGUAGUUUGCACGCAGAUGAAGGUGGCCGGAGUGCCGUCGAGCGCCUCCGGAGUGGUUACCGAGCCCGUGGCGUCGCUGACGGAGAGCAGCGCGGUGUCCACCCUUACCACCAUGACCAAAACGACUGUGACCAAAGUCUGUUCCCCCGGGCCCGACGGCCAGUCAGAGGACGGCCAGGGUGAGGUGGUGGCGCAGGAAGAGAAGGCGGCGCUCUCGGCCUGCGUCAGUAAGUCCACCAGGGACUUCAGGGGUAAGACCUCAUCAGUGUCCGUCACCGUGAGCCUCGAGGACUCGUCGUCGACCACGGGCCGCGUCCGCCUCCUCAAGUUCUCCCGCACCAAGAAGACCCGCUCGGACACCGCGCUUCCUUCGUAUCGCAAGUUCGUCACAAAGAGCAACCGCAAGAGCAUUUUUGUUCUGCCGCACGACGACCUGAAGGUGCUGGCGAGGAGAGGCGGGUUCCGCGAGGUGUCCAUCUUCAGCUACAACUCGAAGCCAGCGCUGGACAUCUGGCCAUAUCCUUCACCGAGGCCCACGUUUGGCAUCACCUGGAGGUAUCGCCUGCAAACGGUCAAGUCUUUGGCUGGUGUGAGCCUGAUGCUGAGGCUCCUGUGGGCUUGUCUGAGAUGGGACGACAUGGCCGUCAAACCAUCCGCAGCUGUCGGCACCAUACGGACAGAGACUUCGGACACUGAAAUCACCACCACGGAGAUCAUCAAGCGUCGCGACGUGGGAUUCCACGGCAUUCGCUCGGAGUACUGCAUCCGCAAAAUCAUCUGUCCCUUGGGACUGCCUGAGACUCCCAAAGAAACCCACACCCCCCAGAGGAAGGGGCUGCGCUCCAGUGCCCUGCGCCCCAAGAAGCCUGAGCCGGCAAAGCAGACGGGCCCAGUGGUGAUUGAGACCUGGGUGGCUGAGGAGGAGCUCGACCUCUGGGAGAUCAGAGCCUUCUCAGAAAGGGUGGAAAAAGAGAAAGCUCAGGCAGCAGAGCAGGCCAAGAAACGUCUGGACCAGAAAAUGGGGACAGUCACAGCAACGCCAACAGGGACUCCCGCGACGCCCAUCAUCACGCCCAAAGUCAUCGUGGGCUCACUGUCAGGCCACGGCACCCCCAGUACCAAAGUGGUACUGUCCACCAAGAUGGGCACCCCCGUCACAUUCCAGCAGAACAAAAACUUCCAGCAGUCGUUUGCCACCUGGGUCAAGCAGGGUCAAAGUACGCAAGGAGCGGAGACCAACGUGGCCACGUCUGGUGGACACACCUUCCAGAUCACGGGGACCUCAGUGGGUGGGAAGGUAGUGACCACCAAGCUGCCGCUGCCCGCCAACAGCAAGAUCGUCACAGUCAACGUGCCGACUUCGCAAGGAGGUGUGGUGCAGCAGAAGGUGUUGGGUAUCAUCCCCUCAAGCACGGCAGGUGGUGCCCAGACCUACACCACAUUCCAGCCCCGCACCACCACACUCAACAUCAGGCCCAAUACUCCCGGCUCGCAGCAGCAGGUUCUGGGUGCCGGUGGUCAGAUCCGCCCAGGAAUGACCGUGAUCCGAACACCGAUGCAGCAGACGGGACCAAUGGGGAAGACGAUACUCCGCUCACCGCUCGUGGUCCAGCAAGGUCAGGGCGGACAACAGGUGGUGACGCAGAUCAUUCGCGGCCAGGCAGUUUCCACAGCGUUGUCUGGUGCCAGCCCCGUCGCCACGGUCACAGGCCAGGGGGCGACCAACGCCACCCUAUCGGGACAAGCAGCCGGCCAAACACCCCCCGGGACGCCGCGGGCACAGGGGCAAGGCCAGGUGAAGCUCACGCUGGCGCAGCUCACCCAGCUAACACAGAAGCAGCAGGCCGGCUCAGGUGUGGAUCGGCAGGCUGGUGUCGGGGGAACCCAACCGGCUCUGACGGUGAUGGUUCAGGGCCAGGGCCAGACCACCGGUCAGCUGCAGGUCAUACCUCACGGGGUCACCGUCAUCCCAGGACCCGGUCAGCAGCUCAUGCAGGCCGCGCUGCCUAACGGCCAGAUGCAGCGCUUCCUCUUCACCCCAUUGGCCUCCGCUGCUGCACCCACAUCAAGCACAGCCAGCACAGUACCCAGCUCCACCUCCACCAAAACCCCGGCACAACCCGCUCAGCAGGCUGCUGCCCCAGUCCAGGCAGGGGCAACCCCCUUGGCCACCACCAGCACCCCUUCGUCGGCCACCCCGCAGGGCCAGCUGCCCCCUCAGACGCAGGCCCACAUGCCCAUCCAGUCUCCCACCUCGCUGCAGGUGAAAACGCAAGGCGGAGCCGCCCAGCUGCAGCUGCAGCAGACACCUCAGAUCCUCGGCAUGUCUGGACUGCAGCAGCAGGUCCAGGUGUUGGCGCAGCUGCAGGCUCAGCAGGGUGGAGGCUCUGUUCCACAGCACAUCAAACUGCAGCUUCCUAUUCAGAUACAACAGACCGGGACCACCUCAGCUCAGGGAGGACAGAUUGGGAACGUGGUGACCAUCCAGGCAGCUUCUGUGCAGGAACAGCUUCAAAGGAUCCAGCAGCUCAGAGAACAGCAGCAGCAGAAGAAGAAACAAGCCGCCGAGGCCAAGCGAGAGCAAGCCUUAAACGCAGCCAGCCAGAGCGACAUCAUUCAGAAACAGGUGGUCAUGAAACAAAACGCUGCGAUCGAGCAUCUGAAGCAGAAGAAAACCAUGACGCCUGUAGAGCGAGAGGAGAACCAAAGGAUGAUCGUAUGCAACCAGGUGAUGAAGUACAUCCUGGACCGGAUAGACAAGGAUGAGAGGCAGGCCACCAAGAGGAAGAAGAAGGAAGAGGGGAUGGAGGCAAAGAGAAGGUUGGCCAACGCCAGCAAGCUCUCGUCGCUCCUUUACCGACACAAAGAAAGUCUCAAGAUGGAGAUCCUCAAGAAGCGGGCGCUUCUCGACAAGGAGCUGCAGCUCGAAGCCCAGGAAGAGCUAAAGAAGGACCUGUUGCGGAUGCGGAAGGAGAAGGAGAGGGCUCAGGCCGCCGCCCAACAGGCAGCUCAAGCAGCCGCCACCACCGCCGCCGCCCACAACCAGCAGCAACAUACCCCGGCACACAAGCACGGCAUCCCCCCUCCACACCACCUCAGCCCGAGCGCCGCCUCCUCACACAAGAGGAAACGGGAGGAGGAGCGGGAGACUGCUACGUCAGCCAAGUCCAAGAAGAAAAAGAUGAUCUCGACAACGAACGCCAAGGAGAGCAAAAAAGAAAUCAAGCUCUACUGCGUCUGCAAGACACCCUACGACGAGACUAAGUUCUACAUUGGCUGCGACCUGUGUACAAACUGGUAUCACGGAGACUGUGUGGGUAUUACAGAGAAGGAGGCCAAGAAGAUGGAUGACUACAUCUGUGUGGAAUGCAAACGGGGCCAACAGGUCAGCACGGAGGAGCUGUACUGCAUCUGUCAGACGCCGUACGAUGAGUCUCAGUUCUACAUCGGCUGUGACCGCUGUCAGAACUGGUACCACGGCCGCUGUGUGGGCAUUCUGCAGAGCGAGGCCAACCACAUCGACCAGUACGUGUGUCCACAGUGUCAGUCGACGGAGGACGCCAUGACGGUCUUCACGCCGCUCACUGACAAGGACUACGAGGGCCUGCGGAGAAUCCUGCGGUCCUUACAGGCGCAUAAAAUGGCAUGGCCGUUCCUGGAGCCGGUGGACACAAACGACGCCCCGGACUACUACAGAGUCAUCAAGGAACCAAUGGACCUUUCCACCAUGGAGGAAAGGCUACAGAAGCGCGAGUACAUCAAGCUGACAGAGUUUGUAGCCGACAUGACCAAAAUCUUUGACAACUGCCGCUACUACAACCCCAGUGACUCGCCCUUCUACCAGUGUGCCGAGGUUCUGGAGACCUUCUUUGUCCAGAAGCUCAAAGGGUUCAAAGCCAGCAGGUCUCAUAACAACAAACUACAAUCAGCCGCCUCUUAGCUCUUCCCCUAAAAUACGAGUGUACAAAAAAAAAAACAAGCCUUGAGGUUUCCUCUGAAUGAAUUCGCGCUGUGGUCCGAGUCGGGCUGCGAACCCCUCCGAGCCCUCUCUGCAGGAGAGCACUGCUCCGUGCUGGAAACUAACCCGCUCUGGUGGCAAAGCGCCCGACGUCCAACCCCUCUGCAGAGCCGAGGUGCGAGAGAGAAAAGCCCCUUUUCAUCCAAAGUGUCACUGGGACGGAACGGCAGAGAAGUCAGACCGGGGAGAAGUCAGACCGGAAUUCCCCCCCCCCCCCCAGCGCCUCCCAUUCCCGAGAAGAACGAUCCAGAUGGGAAACGCCGGCUGAGUCGAUGGGUUGUAAGUGAGUUGUUACAUCUGUAGCUGAUUUUCUGUGUCCCAUCGAGCAAAGUGUCAGCUUUGAGGUGCAAACUUCACUUCAUCUUUUCCCAUUUUGAUGUCCCAAACAUCCAAUCGAAGCCUAGUCCCUGCCUCACAUGGGGAUGUUCAUGAGGUCAAAAAUAAAAAUGUCCUCUGUGUGCGUCGUGUGGCGAAAAGGCAGGCGUCACACGCAUGUACGCGACCGUAGAGUUGCUUCAUCUCCCAUUUACUGACUACGCCUGAAAGCAGCGUUUUAUCGCUGCUGUACGAACAAAUGUUGGUCUUCGUUCCCCACAAGAGGAAAAAGUGAAAAAGUGACCCCCCCCCCCCCCCGUUGACGCAAAUCAGAUUUCAGAUCCUCCUUGUUCAGUGUCUUCCCCUCCGUGUUUCAUACCAAACUCCAUCUCAUCCAGAAUGAACGAGCCUCGUAGAGUCAAAUUCAGUGGCUCAUUUCACUGUUCGUGCCCUGAUGCUGAGAUUCUCCAUUUUUAAUAGAAGCUAGAUUUCUGUGAGAAUAGGGGAAAGAAAUUGAAUAAUCAAGAGGUGGCUUAAAGCACGGCUGUAGACGUCGCUCACUGCAGUGAUUCAAGGGGUUGGAUGUUGAUGGAAGGAAACACCCCAGGACAGGCCGUCCUUCCCACCACAUCCUGCCGGCAUUCUCACCAUUUUACCACUUUUGUGUUUUUCUGAAACGAGGUAAAUGUUGACGAGCUUUGUUUCUCCUUUAAGUUUGAAUAUUAGCCCUCCAUUCUCUCACACACACACACACACACAUACACACACAGUCUGUUCAUAAGCUCUGAUUCUGCCUCUCUCCUCUUAUCUGUCAGACACUUCUUCCAACACAUCUCCUUGAAGUUGACAGGUUGGCUCGCAUGUGUCUCUCAACUCGCCCUCAAAGCAGGUUUAAGUAAUUGGAUAAUGGACUUUUCCACUCAGCAUCAACUCAGUUAUGUUGCGGUCUGCGUUUGAGUGCCGACUGGCGAGUCUUUGUACCAUGGGGUUUGUAUGAACAUUUUAUAUAGCGGCAUUUUUAUCAUAUUUGGGAAACCUUUUGUAAUCUGAUUAUCAGUUUUGUAGGCGGGGGAGCAGUCAUAAGACACCGUUGACGAGAACCGUUUAAAAUGAGGCAAAUGUUUUUGUUUGAAUCAGGUUUUUUAUGUGUAUUCGCAGAGUUGAGAGAUGAUGUUGCUGCCGUCUUCUUUAUCGUCUUCUGGGUCUUUCACACAAAUGUCUGUUACUUUGUAAUCUGAUGAAGAUGUGUUUCGUCCACUUUCUUUAAUCUCUAUUGUAUAUUAUUGGCUGUCCAAAUAUGUUGAAAUGAAAGAAUUUCUCGAGCAGUAGAAAAUUUUAUUUUUCGGUCUUUGAACCAGAAACUAAACCCGUCUGUAUAUUCUGUGUACUUUUUCUCGUUAAUUGAACUGAAAUUGCCCUUUAUAUCUAAACUGCUGCAUAUUGUGAGCAUACAGGUAUCUAAUGGGGUAGAGUGACACUUAACUCUUGUAAAGAGGUUUCCUUUUUUUUUUUUUGUAAGAUACCAACCAGUUCCACAUAAGUUCUAUAUUGACAUUGCAUUUCUUGUAUUAUUUAUUCAUAUCAAUGAAACGUGUUCAGUUUGAGGAAACAUAACCGCGGAUAAAGAAUACUGUUUUUAACUGUUGCAACUCUGAAGAGAUUCUCUUUUGUACUUGAUAGGACAUUUCAUCCUAGAUAAUAAAGUAAUGUUUUUGACACCA